AUGUCCACGUAUGGCAAGGCCAUCAGCAAGUGCAAAAAAUGGCAGCCGGCCUUGGCCCUGCUCGCAGAUGCGCGGGACAAGUCCCUGGCCAAUGCGGUGCUCUUCAGCGCGGCCAUGGGCGCCUGCGGAGCUCGCUGGCGCUGGGCGGUGCGGGUCUUCGCAGAGUUCCUGGAUGCCGCCCUGAGAGGUGACGUGAUCCUUUUCAACUCCGCGAUCUCGGCCUGCGGCCGCGGCGAGCAGUGGCGACUCUCCCUGCAGCUCCUGUCUCAGAUGACGCGCGUGAGCCUGCGCUGGAGCCUGGUGACGUGCAACGCUGCGCUGGGCGCGGUUGCAAGGCCUGGCCCCGUUGGCCGGUCGGCGGGCGAGGUCUGCCGUGAAGGGCCCAAAUAA